AUUAGAAUCAAAUUAAUUUUACUCAAGCAAACCCCUUUUUUAAACUCUUUUGACAAAAAAAUCACUUCACAAUGGUUUGGCCUACGGUUCUUGAUGGCAAAGUCGAUGAUAUGGCGAGCGAGGAUGUGAAGCCGCAGCAGCUCGAAGCUAACGAAGCUAAAACCCUUUUGGAGCACACUUGUGCCUUAAACGUCAUGUCCAAGGCGCAAAGCACCAGGAUGACCGGAAUUAUUUGCACCAUCGGUCCUGCGUCCAAGGAGCCUGAGUUCUUGGUCAAAAUGAUGGAGCAAGGUAUGAACAUUGCUCGAAUGAACUUCUCUCACGGCACGCACGAAUAUCACGGCGAAACCCUGAAAAACUGUCGCCAAGCUGCAGAAAUGUACAGCACGAAAAUCGGUUACGUGUACCCCUUGGCCAUUGCCUUGGACACCAAAGGCCCAGAGAUUCGUACCGGGCUCCUGGAAGGCGGCGGAUCGGCCGAAGUGGAAUUAAAAAAAGGCAACACCAUCACCUUGACCACCGACAAGGCCUACCAGGAUAAAGGCAACGCCGACAUCGUGUACAUCGACUACGAUAAUAUCGUGAAGAUCGUUCAACCUGGCAAUAGAGUUUUCGUCGAUGACGGUUUGAUGUCACUGAUAUGCAAGGAGAAUAAAGGCAACAGUUUGGUGUGCACUAUCGAGAAUGGGGGAAUGCUUGGAAGCAAAAAAGGGUGUAAUUUACCAGGUUUGCCGGUGGAUUUGCCGGCUAUUUCCGAGAAAGACAAGUCCGACUUGCAAUGGGGGGUUGAGCAGGGAGUCGACAUGAUUUUUGCUUCUUUUAUUAGAGAUGGACAGGCUCUGGCAGAUAUCAGAGAUGUUUUGGGCGAGAAGGGCAAAGACAUAAAAAUCAUCUCGAAAAUCGAAUGCCAGCAAGCUUUAGUGUGCAUCGACGAGAUCAUAGAAGCCUCUGACGGCAUAAUGCUGGCGCGCGGCGACCUCGGCAUCGAGAUACCCACGGAAAAGGUGUUCAUAGCCCAGAAGUCCAUCAUUGCUAAAUGCAACAAGGUGGGCAAGCCGGUAACGUGCGCCACUCAAAUGUUGGAGUCGAUGACCCAUAAGCCCAGGCCCACUAGAGCUGAAGCUUCGGACGUCGCCAACGCUGUUUUGGACGGCUCUGAUACCGUCAUGUUGUCUGGCGAGACGGCCAAAGGAGAUUAUCCCCUAGAAUGCAUUGCUACCCAGGCGUCUGUAGCUAAAGAGGCAGAAAGUACCGUGUGGCACAAUGCUUUGCUUGAAGAUUUACUGGAUGUUACACCUUACCCUGUGGAUGCAGCUCAAGCCAUAGCUAUUGCAGCUGUUCAAGCUUCGUUAAAAUGCUGCGCCACCGCCAUAAUUGUUAUAACAACGACCGGAAGAAGUGCAUAUUUGGUGGCCAAAUUUAGACCCAGAUGCCCAAUUUUGGCGGUAACGCGUAACGAAUGGGUGGCAAGACAAUCGCACUUAUACCGUUCCGUAAUCCCCGUAAUCUUUGACAAACCCCGAAACGAAAACUGGGUACAAGACGUGGAGAGCCGCGUAGAGUUCGGUAUCAAUUUCGGAAAAACGUUCGCUGUCAUAAACCCCGGUGAUUCAGUGGUAGUGGUGAAAAAUUGGUGCAAAGAAGCAUUGUUUACCAAUACUGUAAAAAUUGUGACCAUUGAAGGGGGGCCAGUUAAUGGAAAGGGCGCAGGCGAAGGCCAAGGGUGCAAAUGCAAAGAAAAUAUUUGUUAGGG